UGAGAUGUGUUGAAGAGCAGCUGCGAGGGUGUCCGACGGCAAGGGGACCGCUCUAGAAUCUGGGCUUGCAACAUCAUGGGCCAGUGUGUCACGAAGUGCAAGAAUCCUUCUUCUACCCUUGGCAGCAAAAAUGGGGAAAGGGAAUCCGGCAGCAAGUCGCAUAGUAAGAGAAGUGCAGUCCACAAAGACGACCAUGGUUCAGCUUGCGGGAAGUCUUCAGGAGAUAUACUUGUGAAUGGGACAAAGAAAACGGACACUGCUGUAGAGUCUAAUCAGCCUCCAACAUUUUCUGGAGAUACAAAGAAAGACUCUGUUUCCAGCGCAGAAGAAUCUUCGCUCCAAAGGAUAGGGGAGUUAUUUAGGAGGUAUAAGGAUGAACGGGAAGAUGCCAUACUGGAAGAAGGAAUGGAACGAUUUUGCAAUGACCUCUGUGUUGAUCCCACUGAAUUUAAAGUGCUAGUUUUGGCUUGGAAAUUCCAGGCUGCUACCAUGUGCAAAUUUACAAGGAAGGAGUUUUUUGAAGGCUGCAAAGCAAUAAACGCGGACAGCAUUGACGGCAUUUGUGCAAGGUUCCCCAGCCUCUUAAACGAAGCCAAGCAGGAAGAUAAAUUCAAGGAUCUCUAUCGUUUCACCUUCCAGUUUGGCCUGGACUCUGAAGAAGGACAGAGGUCGCUACAUCGGGAAAUAGCCAUUGCCCUUUGGAAAUUAGUCUUCACCCAAAACAAGCCCCCCAUUUUGGACCAGUGGUUACACUUCCUAAUCGAGAACCCCUCAGGAAUCAAGGGAAUCUCCCGGGACACGUGGAACAUGUUUCUAAAUUUUACUCAGGUGAUUGGACCGGACCUUAGCAACUACAGUGAGGACGAGGCCUGGCCGAGUCUCUUCGAUACCUUUGUGGAGUGGGAAAUGGAGCGAAGGAAAAAGGAAGAGGAAACCAAAUGUAUUACGUCUUCAGACACAGAGGGCCUGUGUGUGGAGGAACAGACUUAGCGGUGUCGAAGCAGCAGUGACAAAAGCAACCUGUUGUCCUUCAUGAAAUG